AUGAAACUAUUCCAGAAUGCUCAGGAAUUCAACUAUCCUUGGGAUCAAGUAACAAUAGCGAAUUGGCGAAAGUAUCCCAACGAGGUUUCCACGCAUGUAGUUGCAGUGGAUGUGCUAAGAAGAGAGUUGGAUGUCACCGGAACUAGACUGACAAGCGAACGACUUAUAACAUGCGAACAGUCGAUCCCCAAAUGGCUUUCGAUGCUGAUAGGAUGCUCCAACAAAAGCUACGUGCGGGAAGUCUCGGUGGUGGACUUGAAUGCCAAAACACUGACGUUGAAAAGCUGCAAUCUGACAUGUGCGCAUCUCCUCAAGGUGUAUGAGACGGUGAAAUACGUGCCCCAUCGUUCGGACGCUGGUAAAACAUGUUUUGAGCAAGAGGCCCAAAUUACGGCCUACGCUACUAUCAACACACUCUGCAAUAAAAUCGAGGAUUGGUCUGUGAAAAGAUUCGGGGAAAACGCCUCCAAGGGCCGUCAGGGGUUCGAUACGGUACUGCAAGUGCUGAGCGAAAACUGGGAGCAAAGUGAAAGACUGGUGGACGAGCUCAGCACUAAAGUCGCCGGCACGGUGGACGAAAUUCGCAAUACCACCGACAGCAUUAUCAAGACUACGGAAUUGAAAUCAACAUCGUUGAUUUCGCGUUAUUCCAAAGAAAUCAAGCGUGCUUUCAGUCACGGAAAUUGA